AGACCGCGCCAUUGUAUGGGAUGAGCAGUUUGUUUGCCCCCUAAUUCUGGUAACCAAGAUGGCGUCGGGGCAGCAGUGGGUGUUAGUGGAGAUGGUACAAGCACUCUACGAGGCACCUGCCUACCAUCUGGUCCUGGAGGGGAUCCUCAUAUUGUGGAUCAUCAGACUGCUGUUUUCAAAGACGUACAAACUACAGGAGCGUUCAGACCUCACAGAGAAGGAAAAGGAGGACUUAAUUGAAGAAUGGCAACCAGAACCCCUUGUCCCUCCGAUGUCCAAAGACCAUCCUUCCCUCAAUUAUGACAUCGUCACUGGCCCACCAAGCCACAAAAUCAUUGUAAAUGGAAAAGAGUGCAUCAACUUUGCUUCAUUUAACUUCUUGGGUUUCCUUGACAACGAGCGAGUGAAGCAAAAGGCCUUGACUUCUCUCAGGAGGUAUGGUGUUGGUACCUGUGGUCCAAGAGGUUUCUAUGGAACCUUUGAUGUCCACUUGGAGUUAGAGGAUCGUUUGGCCAAGUUCAUGAAAACAGAGGAGGCCAUCAUCUAUUCCUAUGGCUUUGCAACGAUAGCUAGUGCUAUACCUGCCUACUCCAAGAGAGGAGACAUAGUGUUUGUGGAUGAGGCGGCUUGUUUCUCCAUACAAAAGGGUCUCCAAGCCUCCCGCAGUUUCAUCAAGUACUUCAAACACAACGACAUGGAAGAUCUGGAGAGACUGCUCAAAGAGCAGGAGAUCGAGGAUCAGAGGAAUCCUCGGAAGGCCAGAGUGACCAGGAGGUUCAUCAUAGUGGAGGGGCUGUAUAUAAACACUGCAGAUGUUUGUCCCCUUCCAGACCUGGUGAAGCUGAAGUACAAGUACAAGGUCCGCAUCUUCCUGGAGGAGAGUAUGUCGUUCGGGGUGCUGGGAGAACAUGGCAGAGGGGUUACGGAACACUUUGGGGUCAACAUUGACGAUAUUGACCUCAUUAGUGCCAACAUGGAGAACGCUGUGGCUUCCAUCGGCGGCUUCUGCUGUGGAAGGUCGUUCGUCAUAGACCAUCAGCGUCUGUCAGGCCAGGGGUACUGUUUCUCUGCCUCCCUGCCCCCCAUGCUGGCUGCUGCAGCCAUAGAGGCCCUUAACAUCAUGGAGGAAGACCCAGAAAUUUUUACCAUCCUGAGGGAGAAGUGCAAACACGUCCACAAAGCGUUGCAAGAGAUUCCUGGGGUGAAGGUAAUAGGGGAAGUUUAUGCCCCUGCCCUUCACCUACAGCUAGAGAGAAGCUCUGGAUCCAGAGACACUGACGUGAGGAUGCUUCGCAGCGUCGUAGAUUACUGUUUGGAGAGACAGAUCGCACUCACCCUAGCUCGGUACUUGGAUAAAGAGGAGCGGUUUCUCCCUCCGCCUUCGAUCCGGGUAGUGGUCACCAUCGAGCAGACUGAAGAGGACAUUGAGAAAGCUGCAUCCUGUAUCAGAGAGGCAGCUCUGGCUAUCCUCAAAUGAUUCCAGACCAACCAGACCUGGAGUUCUCUGUUCUCAGUUUGCCGACAUUCCCAGGAUUCACCUCCAGGCUUCGCAGAGCAUCAAUCGACGUUGGAAAGGUCCAUCAAGGCAUAGCCGGGUGCGUUCAUCCACAAACUCGAGGAGGAGAAGACUCAAGGUGGACAACACUUUCUGUGAGAAGCGUUGUCGAUUUAAAAAAAAAAUCAGAUUAUCCUUCUCACAGCUACUUAUUUAUGUUUGACCCCCCAUUUUGCUGACGGUCCUCGUUCACCUUCUCACAUACAUGAAUGUAAAAUCUGGGCCUCGUCCCCCAACCGUCAUUCAGGUCACUAUCUGUUUGAAUGAAGGUUGAAAGUCUUAACUAAUAAACAAUAAAUAUUUGUAACCAAAGAGCUGAUUCAUUUUGUAAGUGAAGUUACUUUAAAAUUAUUUUAUAUACAUACUAUAUUAUGAAACUGUUUCUUUGUUUUAAAUACUGACACAAACCAAAUUGUGUAUGCUAUGAUUUUCUGUCUUUUGCCUAAAUGUUAGAUUAUAUUCCCAAAAGAGUUUCACAUUAUCGCACUGCGUUGUAUGAAAUGCACCUAUUUCGUUUUUUUGCUGUCUUGUAUACUAAUUCAUAUUUGAUUCCAAGCGGUCACUGAUUUUAAGACUUGCAAGGGGCGCCAGGGUAGCCUUAGUGGUCAGAGCGUUGGACUAGUAACCGGAAGGUUGCAAGUUCAAAUCCCAGAACUGACAAGGUACAAAUCUGUCGUUCUGCCCCUGACCAGGCAGUUAACUCACUGUUCCUAGGUCGUCAUUGAAAAUAAGAAUUUGUUCUUAACUGACUUGCCUAGUUAAAUAAAGGUAAAAUUAACAUCUUACCAAUUGCCCCACUUGGCAUCAUGGUUAGGUCAGCCUGCAUUGGCACCCUGGUGGUAUUUAUCAUUUAUUUUUAUGGUUGAAUGUAUUAAAAUGUUCUGUCACUGAUCAUUAAGUAACUUGCUUCCAGUGUUUUUACGUCUUUUAAAUGAUUUGAAGUUUGAUUUGAACAGUGAAUUCAAUUUCUUCGUUAGAUCACAUGAAUGAUUUGCAUACAAAUUUCACCUAAUGUAAUUUGAGAGUUUUGACACAUGCCAACGUGAAUAUAUAUACAUUUGCACUGUGAUGCACAUCAAUCUCGUUUUCAUGUUGAAGCCUAUUGUUGAGUGACAUGACACUUCUGCAAGACACACUAGUGUCACUUUUUUGUAACAAAGACAUACUCACUGGUUCAUUUAUACAACAUCCAAUAUGCAGUAUAUUAUGUGCCUUUGUGUUGCUAAAUGUGCUAUCAAUUUGAUUGACUAUUAAUCAAAUAAAUGGGUAAAUGGUA